CUUAGCCCCCAAGUCUCCCCACCAUAAAGCCCCCAGGUGAGCUGAUGAGUUACAGAGCUCACCCCCUUAUCAGCGGGGCCAAGCCCUUUAUUGCCUCUCUCGGUGGGUGGUUGAUCCGUAGCCAGGCCGCUCCGGGCAGUACCUGCUGUCCCUCACAUCCCACUCGGCUCUGCUCCCUGGUGUCCACGCAAGCAUUUGUUCCUGGGGGAGAGCGGGGGCAGGGGGGUGGCAUCUCUUUCAUUCAGGCUCAUUGAAGUGCUGCGAUCCGGUGUUAGUAAAGCCGAGGAUGCUGCGGCCCCCAAGGUGAGGCCGAGUGGGAGGGAGAGGCACGUCGCACGGGGAAUUGGCUGGAGCCCUUUCUAGAGCAAGGGAUGAUUCAGUGCAAAGCUAUGAGCCGUGCAAUCUUGGGAGCCCGGCAUGGGGUGAGUCCAGCCCUGGCUGGUGCCGUUUCUUUGAAUGUUAUCAGCGACUCCUCACCUCUGCAGCAGGACUUCACCCCUCGGACACAUUUGGCAACAUGCCUCUAGGUCCAAAGGUGAGAGGAAGAGCCCUUAAAAGAGCUGGCCCCUGUUCUUUCGGACAGAGACGGUGAGAGGCAUGUCCAGCCCGGGAUCCCCAGCCCAGCUGCAAAAUGCAACAUCUGGGCAGGCUGUGGACUUGGUCCUGCAUCUGCUUCGCCAUCCACCUGGCCACCGCGGCUGCAUCCGUAGAGGACGAGAAGACCCCGGGCUACUGGAACCGGCGAGCCCAGAGGACGCUGGAGGCAGCCUUGGCCCUGACGCCCGUGACGCACCACGCCAAGAACAUUGUCCUCUUCAUGGGCGACGGGAUGGGCAUCUCCACCGUCACGGCCGCCCGCAUCUACAAGGGGCAGCUGGAGGGCGGGCCCGGCGAGGACAGCUUGCUGGCCAUGGAGACCUUCCCCUACCUGGCUCUCUCCAAGACAUACUCCGUCGACCGGCAGGUGCCCGACAGCGCCAGCACGGGCACCGCCUACUUGUGUGGGGUGAAAGCCAAUGCCAAGACCCUGGGGGUGAGCGCCGCGGCCCAACACGGCAAGUGCAGCACCACCUUCGGCAACGAGGUGGACUCCGUGCUGCACCGGGCCAGGCGAGCGGGCAAAUCCGUGGGCAUUGUGACUAGCACCCGUGUGCAACACGCCUCGCCCGCGGCUGCCUACGCCCACACAGUCAGCCGGACCUGGUACAGCGAUGCCAGCCUGCCCAAGGAGGCCGUGCGGCAGGGCUGCCGGGACAUUGCCUACCAGCUGGUGCACAACACGGACAUCAAUGUGAUUCUCGGUGGUGGGCGGAUGUACAUGAUGCCCAGGGGGACGCCAGACCCUGAGUACCCACAGGACCCGAAGCAGAACGGGGCGAGGAAGGACGGGGUCCACCUGAUCCAGACAUGGCUCAGCACCAGGAAGGGGGCCAGGUACAUCUGGGAUAAGAAGGGCCUGGACUCCGUUGAUGAGAUGUCCACCGACUACCUCAUGGGCCUCUUUGAGCCCAAGGACAUGAAGUACGAGCUGAACCGCAACACGUCCACAGACCCCUCCCUCGUGGAGAUGACGGAGAAGGCCAUCCGCAUCCUGCGCCGCAACCCCCGUGGCUUCUUCCUCUUCGUGGAAGGAGGCAAGAUUGACCACGGGCACCACAGCAGCAAGGCCAAGCAGGCCCUGACUGAAGCCAUCAUGCUGGACCAGGCAGUGGCCAAGGCCGCGGAGCUGACCGACGCCACUGAGACCCUCACCGUGGUGACGGCUGACCACUCGCACGUCUUCAGCUUUGGUGGCAACACGCCGCGUGGCAACAGGAUGCUCGGACUGGCACCCAAGAAGGCCAGGGACAAGCGGCCGUACACCAGCAUCCUGUAUGGCAACGGGCCCGGUUAUGCCGUCAAGAACGGGAGUCGCCCUGACAUCAGCCUCACGGCCAUCGAGGACAAAGACUACCGGCAGCAGGCAGCCGUGCCCCUGGACUCCGAGACCCAUGCCGGCGAGGACGUGGCCGUCAUGGCCAAGGGCCCCAUGGCCCACCUCUUCCACGGCAUCCAGGAGCAGAACUACAUCGCCCAUGCCAUGGCCUACGCGGGAUGCCUCAAGCCCUACCAUGCAGGUCCCGAGUGCCUGGCGCCCAGCGGGAGAUCCGGCAGCCCGGGUCUCUCCCCCUUCCUCCCGCCCAGCCUCCUCGCCCUGGCCGCAGCCUCCCGCCUGCUGGGGGUCUAAGAGCAGGUCCCACCAGCCCCACCGGGACCCCUGGGACCUGGACCCCGGGUGGAACCAAGUGUCCUCAGGCCCUGCCGUGUAUAUAAUUUUGUAAUAAAGCCCCUGCU